CAGGGGCUGCUCUCGACCCACCUCGUCCCGAGCCUCCAAGUUGCGGCCUUCAAUACGCGAACGCAUCGCUACGACGACAGCCUCCCCGUCACCUCACUGAUGGAACGCUACCCGUCGGGCGUCGUGCCUGCGCAAGACGUGCUGCGGGGCCACGAUGUGCAGAAUCCGCAACCGUGGCGGGACGUCCUUCCCGUAACCAUCGACAAAACGUUGCGCGGCAACUUCAUGACGUGCGAUUUGACGCCCGUGCUCUCGCACCUCGCUGUCGCCAGCGCCUCCUCGGCGCCUCGUUUGACGCCGACAUUGUCAGCGCCGAAUAGCUUUGGGGCGCUGCUGGUCGUCAUGCCGACCUCUCAUCGUGGCGGGCAGGUGACCUUCAACGUUAAGGGUUUUUCGACACCGAUGGCCGCGAUCGCGACGAGCGCCUCGUACGCGGCGGUCCACCGCGGCGCGACGAUUUUGAUGUCGCCUGUCACGGCCGGGCACGUCGUCAUUGCGGUCUUCGAUCUCGUUGGCAAGCGCCCGCUGGAUGAGGCGCCUCCGCUCUCGCCCGAGUUUGAGGCAACGGUCGCGGCUCUCGUCGACGCGGCGGCAGCGCCGGCCGCUCACAGCAUGAUCGGCUUUGCGGUCCGCCCCGAGGUCGAUCUCGGCUUCUUUGAUCUCUCACAUCACACUCGUCACGAUGGGGCGUUCCUCGCAGCGCUGCUCGAGUCCAAGGUCUUUGACGUCGCUUUGGUGGUCAUGCGGCCGUGCGAUGAGGUCGAGAACGCUCCCCUCGAGAUUCUUCAUGGAACGAUGCACCCGGCGCUGGGUCUUGCGCCUGACGCGAUGAAGGGAUGUUGCAGCACAUGGCUCCCGGCCUUCCUCGGCGACGUUUGCGUUGAAGAGCUGGCUCGUCCUCGGGUGAAGACGUGCCUCGUCUUUUGGCCCACGGCGCAUCGAUCGCGCGCGCUUGGCGCCGACGUCGCCGUCUUCUCUCUCGGGUCCAUCGCCGACGCAGGCCUUCGCCGCCAGUGCGUUGAAGACGCUCUGGAUGUCAUGGAUCACACGGCCCCCCAAGAUUUUUUGUGCGACGGGCUUGGACCGUACGACGGCAACGGCGGCUGCUUCUUUCGCGACCUUGGCCGCGGCUUGAACGACGUCGGCGACGGCGGUCUCGUCGCGCGCUUCUGGACCUCGAACAUCACCCAGAUGUGCGACAAGGAUCGCAGCUUGUUUGCGUCGACGGUCCAUCGCGCGCUUGAGCUCUUUGGCGCCGACGCCCUCAUGCCGGCGCUCGAAGCGCUCCUCUCUGGCAUGACAACGAGCUGGUUUGGCUUUGCGAGCGGCGUUCGCCUUCUCGCGGGCCUCGCCGGCGUCUCGGACAACGCCGUGUGCUUGCGCCUCCCGCUCGCGCGCGUCGACGAGCUGCGUCUGUACACGGCGCUCUUUGCCGAGCCGCCGUCGCAACCGCGUUAUAUGCCGGGCGAGUGCUGCAAGGAGCUCUUGCAGGCGACGCUCUUGGACGCCGUGCGCCUCGAAGCCUACCUCGGGGACGGCGCCAUGCCGUCGCGCUUGGCAGCGAUCGUCGCCUUCAACACGAGAGAGUUCCACCCGUGGACCGUCUUGGCACCGGUGGUCCUCACGCUGGCGCCGGCGCGCUUGACGUGGUGCGACGAGCUCUUGCGUGCCACCGCCACGACCUGCGAGGUGCCAUGGAGCCCCAGCGACCGAGAUGUCGCCAACGUGCUUCGUGCUCUCGAUGCCAUGGACGCGCUUGACGUUCCUACGUUCAAGCGUCUCAUGACCAUGCCAUGGCGGAUGCCCAUGGUGCGCCGCGAGGCGUUGAAAGGGGUCGCGGUGUUCUUCAGCGAGGUGGCGGAUGCGGCGCCGCGGUUCCUCGCCCACGUUCCCCCCGCCAACGACGACGACAAGCCCGCGCCCAAGCGCCUCAAGUUGGAGUAG